AGGCGGAAGUGGCUCGCGCCGGGCGGUGUAACUGGGCAUCUGGUGGGAGAGAGGCCGCCUGGACCCCGCCGGAGCGUGUGAGCGCGUCUCUAUCGGGAAAAGGACUCUUAUUUUAAACGGUAGCCAAUUUGGAUUAGAUUGAGGUAAGAAAAAUGUCUCAAAAACAGAUGAAGGAAGCUUUUGUCAGUAACCUCAAUGGAACCAGUGUGCUGGAAGUCACCGAGGGCUUGUGCUUGCCAGUCCUGUGUAUCCUGCUCAGAGGACUCCUGCUUAUUCUCUCCCAGCACUUGUGUUCUUCGCAUAGCUGGAGAACUCGAUUCUUGAUGGACUUUGUUGUCCUAAUUGUUCCCAUGGUGACCAUUUUGACUAUUUUGGCUUCCUUUGUCCUCCUGGAGAACCUCCUUUUAAUUCUCUUUGGGGCAGGGCUGUUCUAUCACAUAUACAGCAGAAGGACUUGCUUUGACAGAUUGCCUUUUAAAAAAGUCCUGGAAAAAUUCUUAAAAAUCAGUCUAGAAUCAGAAUAUAUUCCAGCCAUUACCUGUUUCCGUGUAAUUAACAGUGUAUUCACUGCUAUUGCCAUUUUGGCUGUGGAUUUCCCAAUUUUUCCCAGAAGAUUUGCUAAGGCAGAGCUCUAUGGGAUAGGAGCAAUGGAUUUUGGAGUAGGAGGUUUUGUUUUUGGAGCUGCAAUUGUUUCUCCAGAGAUUAGGAAAAAAUAUACAAAAGGGUUUAGAUUUAAUUAUCUUAUAAGGUUAUUAUACUCUAUUUGGCCAUUAAUUUUCCUUGGUAUAGGACGAUUAGCCGUUAUAAAAUCUAUAGACUAUCAGGAACAUGUAACUGAAUAUGGAGUUCACUGGAAUUUUUUCUUUACUUUAAUAGCUGUGAAAUUGAUAACAUCACUGCUUUUGGUUAUUUUCCCUGUAAAUAAAUCCUGGAUUGUGGCCAUUGGCAUUACUAUAUUUUACCAGCUAGCUCUUGACUUUACCCCACUGAAAAUGUUAAUUUUGCAUGGCACUGAUGGCAGUGGUACAAGGGUCGGUUUACUAAAUGCCAACAGAGAAGGAAUAAUAUCUUCUGUGGGGUAUGUGGCGAUUCACAUGGCUGGCGUGCAAACCGGUUCAUAUAUAUUUAGAAAAAGAGCACAAGUCAAAGACUGGAUACAAGUGGCAUGUUGUAUUCUGUUAGUAGCUAUUGGCCUCUUCAUAUCUCUUUCCAUAGUCCAGGUAAAUGUAGAAGCAGUAUCUCGAAGGAUGGCUAACCUAGCCUUUUGUAUUUGGAUAGUUGCUUCUUGCUUGAUCAUUCUUAGCACUUUGCUAUUCUGCGAUAUAAUUUUGAGUUUUGCCAAGUUUCUAGUUAAAGAAGCUCUGGUUCCCUGUUCUUGGAAACUUACCCAGUUGCCUGCAGCCCAUAAAAACAAUAUAGAAUCUCUGGAGUCUAAGACUGAAAGAAAAGAACCCAGUCUUUGUUUAAUCACAGCCCUGAACAGAAACCAGUUAGUUUUUUUCUUGCUGUCAAAUGUAACAACUGGCCUGAUCAACCUGUCUCUAGAUACAUUACACAGCAGUACUUUAUGUGCCUUGUUUGUGCUCAAUCUCUAUAUGUUUAUAAACUGCUUUAUUAUAUAUAUGCUACACUUGCAAGAUAAGACUAUCAAAUUUUGGUGAUCAAUAUGAGUAGAAUGUUAUCUGUGAAGAGUGUUUUAAUGAGGAAGAAUGAAUGUGAAGAAAGUAUGUCUCGCAAACCAGUGUUAACUAUAUUGAAUUAUAAAAGUUAAGUAUUUAUGCCCUAGGCCUUUUGUAACAGCAUUGUGCUUGAGAUUUGAAUGUCUUUCACUAUACUAUCAAAUCAAAAGAAAAGAAACAAAACCUACUAGAAUAUUUGUGAAUUUCAGUUUUUAUUUGGGGCCGAGUAAUUUGGCCUAUACCCAGUGGUACAAAGGGAUUCUCCCAGCUUGAUGCUUGAGACUUGAAACUUAACCAAAGGUUGGGAAAGAGGAUUUUUAAAUUAUAUUACUUACCUGUAUCUUUUUUAUUCUUUUACUUUUAUAAUAAAGUUUGUAUUAAAUA